AUGAGAACGUUCGUUAGUUUAAUUAUUCUUCUUGUAUUUGAAUGUGCAAGAAUUGUUCAAAGUUAUCCGUACGGUGCACCAUCCAGUACUUGCGGCUCAAUGAUGCCCUCUCAUGGAACUGGCUCAAUGUCGUGUCAGUCGAAUUAUGUGAUCGAAGCGAACAAGUAUCAAUACAGCAGUGGUGAUACUAUUCAAAUUACUGUUCGGGGUGCAACAAGUUCCAAUCGUUUCAAAGGUAUUCUUUUGGUUGCUAAAGAUACAAGUGGUCAAAACAUUUUGGGCAGUUGGUCAUCGACUGAUUCAUCAGUUCAAGUUAUUUCUUGUAGUGGUACAUCAUCAAAUGGCAUUACACAAACAUCAUCAACCACUAAAUCUCAAAUUCAAGCGACUUGGAGUGCUCCAUCCACGGUAAUUCAAGGAAAUAUUGUUAUCAAGUAA